CCUAAUUCUUUGUGUCUUCGGGAAGACCAUCAAGAUCGACAUUCACUGUUUCGCAGCAGCAUCAAUCUGGAUUUGUUGCAGAAGAGGUAGAGAGAGACUGUGAGAGGAAAGAAGAAGUGAUCGAUCUGGAUUUAUUGCAGAAGAGGUGUAGAGAGAGAGAGAGAGGUAUCUGCGUCUGCAAUAGUUGCAGAAAGUGGAAGGAGGUUUUCUAAGUUUGGGAUUUUAGUGAUUGAUUGGGAGAGGUUGAAGGUAAUAUCUAUCGAUCUUACUCGAACAAGUGUGUCGGUCAAGCUGUUGGGUGGGUGCGAAGGUCAGUUGAUAGAAGAAGCUAUGUCGGUUUUCUUUGGGCAAUAGAAGACGGGAUGGGUUUAGAAAAAAAGGGAGAAGAAGAGCAAUUGGUGUUGGUUUGAAGAAAAGGGAGAAGAAGAGCGAGCGAGUCUGCGUUGCGUUUGGUAUUCAGAGAUCGAUCGAUCGAUCGAAGUUUGUAACUUUUUCUUGCUGAGUUCUUUGGUUUGAUUAAAGCAUGUGGGGAAAUUUUCUUUCGGUUUCUGGUUAGAUUAACCUUUGUGUGCGUUUUAUGCAGUACAAGGGACUUUGGUGGGUCUUCUGCUUUUGUUUUUUGUUAGCUGGUUAUAAUUUUCUGUUUUAACCCUUGAAUUGCAACUCUUACAUGUUUUUGUGUUUGAGCAUGGGUGAUUUCUUAUUCAAAUAGAUACUGGAUUUGAGGAUUUGGUAGGGUAGGCGAGUGUGAGCACUACAAUAAUGUAUAUUCAAUUACAGAAUCCUGAGUCCAUUUAGAAUUGCCCGUCCAUAAAUGAUAGGGAUGUAAGAUAUCGUCUAGGAUGAUUUGAAUUUUAUGCAUAAGUAUUUGUGACUUCAGGCAACUAGGUGAGGGGGGUUUUUUUUAUUUUAUUGAGUUUUGUUUAAAAUUCUGCUGGCCUUAUGCUUAUUGGUUAUGUAUCAAAAUGGUGCUAAUUGCUUAGUUUCCAGUACUGGGUUUUGAAUUUUGAUCAAGAAUUGAUAAUCUAAUUUGUCCUAAAUUGAUCUUAGAUUCAUCAUCACUUUCUUUAGAAUCAUUUACCUUAUCAAUGGCUGCUUUGCUUGCACCCUUUGAUUCAGAAGAUUCAGGACUGACUGCUGCUGCUGUUGGUGCUUUUGAAUUAGAUGUAUCAGCGAUAGUUGGGGGGGCUAUUCUUAGGAACUUCCUACAGACCAACAAUGAAAAUAGAACUCUGUGUGUUAGCAAUAGAAUAUUCAUCUUGCAGUUGGCACUUGCUAGAAAAACAGAGCAGUAAUUGCAAUAAAGGUGUAAUCAAGUAUGAAGAAGAGCGAGUACUACUAUUUCUGCUUUGAAAUUAUUGAAGGUUGGUAAAGGGUAUGAAACAGUUGGGUAUAAAAAUAGAAGGAUUGAGUGGGAUCCCACGGCUGCAAGUUGAUAAGUUAGUUGAUGGGGGAGUUAAGCAUAGAGACAAAAGUUUACUGUGAGGGAAUGGAUGUGGAGCAAGAAAUUGCCCAACUUUCGGCCUGUGAUUUUAUCCAAAUUUCCUCUGGUUUUUCAGUUUGUGAGAACUGAAAACUAACUUCCAGAUUUAAGAGGAAACCUGUAGGUUAGGGUUUGAUGAGUUGGGAAAGCAAGAGGUGAAACUAAAAUUAGAGAGCGGCUGUUUGGUCGUUAACAUGAGCUCUUACCACAUUACGUUGGGUAGGCUCGCAAUCUGAACUGUUCAAAGGUGCAAUCAUCCAUCUUUGGGGCCCCUAUCUCAACCUGGUCGUCUUCUUUACACAGCAGUGACAGAUCGACAAAGGAGAAUAUCUCUAGAAACUCGGCUCCAAAGUGCUAAGUAGAGUUGGACCACCUCCUUGGGAAACUUAAUUUCAGUAAUUUGUUGGACUUGCUUUGUUUCUUGCGUCUAUAUGGCAGAUUCCGGUGGAAACGCAGAACCUGGAGAAGUUUGCAACUUCUUCAGGAAGCCAACAACAAAGAGAAAUUUCAGAAAGCGUACUUCUGAAGCUGAGGAAGAUGAGGAAUCAAAUUCUGGGAGUGCGGUAUUACCAAGUCAAAGAAAAGCUGCAAAGCCUGAUGGCAAGUUGUUUUUUUCUAGUGGACCCUCUAAGAGCUCUGCAUCUGAUGAUGGGAAAGUAAUUUUUGAGUUUAAGUCUUCAAAAGAAAUCCAAGUUGAACACGAUAGCAGAGCAACAGCGACACUGGAGACUGAGACUGAGUUCUCUAGAGACGCCCGGGCAGUUCGAGAGAGAGUUCUUAAGCAGUCAGAGGAGGCCUUGAAGGGAACCGGGAAAAGCACAGGCAAUGAAAAACUGUAUAAAGGGCUCCAUGGAUAUACUGAUCACAAGGCUGGGUUUCGUAGAGAGCUAACAGUGGCCAGUGAGAAAGCGGGAGGUUCCCAUGGGCCUCUCAGGGCUUCUGCUCACAUCAGGGCUUCCACACGAUUUGAUUAUCAGCCAGAUAUCUGUAAGGAUUACAAAGAGACUGGUUACUGCGGUUAUGGAGAUUCCUGCAAGUUUAUGCAUGAUCGUGGGGACUACAAGUCUGGCUGGCAGAUGGAAAGGGAGUGGGAUGAAGCAGAGAAAGUCAGGAAGAGAAAUUUAGCUUUGCGUGAGGCUGGUGAGGAAGUUGAAGACGACGAUGAUGACGACGACGACGACGAUGACUCGUUACCCUUUGCAUGUUUCAUCUGCAGACAAACUUUUGUUGAUCCUGUUGUAACCAAGUGCAACCACUACUUCUGCGAGCACUGUGCACUAAAGCAUCAUUCAAAGAACAAGAAGUGCUUUGUGUGCAACAAGCCGACUCUUGGCAUUUUCAAUACAGCUCAUGAAAUACGCAAAAGGAUAGCUGCAGAGGGCAAAUAACUGCGAUGCAUACUAGUUAGUUUUGCUUUGAAUUAUGGAAGCACAAAUAUUUUUUCUUCAUCUUCUAUUUUGGAUGCACUGGAUGUUAUUUAGGUUGGCAGGCUCAUAGCCUUGCAAUUGUCAGUGUUAAAGUGACAUCGAACUUGGUUCCACAAAAUGUAUUAGUGACAGUAGUUAUUCUCUAUCCUCGCGACUUAUAA